CCUGUUUUAACAUAAUUCUACUGAUUUGCAACAGCUCCAAGAUCCCACAGUGCAACCAGAGAGGAAAGACACAGUGAUAUCCCUGCAACAAACUGCUACUUGUUACACAGAGCAGGGCAGAAAGUGCCUGACGCAUCUGAAGUCCAUUUUGGCUGCUGUCUGUCAUUACAAUCUGUUUAUCCCCAGCAGAAAGCUUCAUAUCAGUUGCUAUAAAAAGGACAAAACGUGAGCAUGGUCUAUCAGAAGAUCUCAGAGUAUUUGGGGAGGUGAGAUGAGCACUAGAAGACACAGACACUUGUUCUCUGUUCAUGUGUCCCUACCUUUUGGGACAGGGGCCGUCUGUCCAUACGAGAGGUGUUCUCCCCUGAUGGGAUCUUUGUCAAGUUGUUGCUAACAAGUCACCCGUGGAAACAAUCUGUCAUUGUUCAGGCUGCGAGGAGCACCACAGCUCUAGGGACAAGGUUUAUGCACUUCUUGGUCCAUCUUUUGCCAUGGAUGUUUUGGGCUGGCUGGUGAUGUGUGUAUUGUCUUCUAUUAUAGCCACAGGGUUGGGCAGCAUGGUUACUAUUGGCUCGCACUGUGAAAGAGCUUGCAAUCCAAGGAUGGGAAAUGUAGCUAUUGGCAGACGCCUGUGGACAGAGACAACUUGUGGUCACAAUAGCACUGAACUUUAUUGCUCAUACAGUGAAAGCAUGGACCAGACCUGCGUACAACCAAAGUGCGACAAAUGCAAUGCUACACAUCCCCGACUUGCUCACCCAUCAUCAGCCAUGGCGGACUCACCUUUCAAAAUCCCACACACCUGGUGGCAGUCGGCUAGGGAUACACAGCGGGAAUUCAUACAGAUGGAUUUGGAAGCAGAGUUUUACUUUACUCAUCUGAUCAUGGUAUUCAAGUCUCCUAGACCCGCGGCUAUGAUUCUGGAGAGGUCUCAAGAUUUUGGUCUUACUUGGAGACCAUACAAGUACUUUGCUACAAAUUGUUCUGCAACUUUUCAUCUUAAAGAUGACAUCAUGGAGAAAGGGGCACUUUGUACGUCACGAUAUUCCCAAGCUUUCCCAUGUAGCGGAGGAGAGGUUAUAUACCGUGCUAUGUCACCUCCUUAUUCUGCUGAGGAUCCUUAUAGUACAGAAGCACAAGAUCAAUUAAAAAUCACCAACUUACGAGUUCAGCUGUUGAAGCAACAACAAUGUCCGUGCCAUGGAAAAGACCUAGACACCAAACCGCAGUAUUUGUCGCACUAUGCUGUUUAUGAUUUCAUUGUUAAGGGGAGUUGCUUUUGCAACGGUCAUGCUGAUCACUGUGUUCCUGUAGAUGGGUUUCGGCAAGUAAGGUCAACAAGCAAACUUCAGGUGGUACAUGGACGAUGCAUUUGUAAGCACAAUACAGCUGGUCGUCAUUGUGAACACUGUGCCCCACUAUACAAUGACCAACCAUGGGAAGCAGCCAAUGGUAAAACGGGGGCACCAAAUAUGUGCAAAAAAUGUAAAUGCCAUGGCCAUGCUGAUAGUUGCCACUUUAAUCUGGAUGUAUGGCUGGCAUCCGGGAACCGCAGUGGAGGAGUGUGUGAUAACUGCCAACACAACACUGAAGGGGAACAUUGCCAGAGAUGUAAGCCUGGCUUCUUCAGAGACUUACAGAGACCAUUUUCUGCACUAGACGCCUGCAAAGCUUGUUCCUGUCACCCAGUCGGCUCUGCUGUUCUUCCUCCUGGGAGCCAUAUUGUCUGUGAUCCGAACAAUGGUGACUGCCCAUGCAAGCCUGGUGUUGCUGGUCCGCAGUGUGAUCAGUGCAUGGUUGGUUAUUGGGGAUUUGGCGACUAUGGUUGUAGGCCAUGCGAUUGUGCUGGAAGCUGUGAUCCUCUGACUGGAGACUGUAUCACCAACACAGACAUAGACUGGCCUCGUGAAAUUCCUGAUUUUCCUUUAGAGUUUAAUGAGAGUGAACAAGCAUUAGACUGGGAAGCCGAACAAGGAUUUUCUGCUCUGCGGCAUUCAGGGAAAUGUGAUUGCAAGGAACAAGUUCUGGGAAAUCCAAAAGUAUUUUGUGGCAUGAAGUAUUCAUAUGUACUAAAGCUAAAGAUCCUCUCAGCUCAUGAUAAAGGCUCUCAUGCAGAGGUUAAUGUAAAGAUCAAAAAGGUGCUGAAAAUGACAAAGCUAAAGAUUUUGAGAGGAAAGCGUAUACUUUAUCCAGAAUCCUGGACAAACCGAGGCUGCACAUGUCCGAUCCUUAAUCCUGGUUUAGAAUACCUUGUUGCUGGUUACGAGGACGUUAGAACUAGCAGAUUGAUCGUUAACAUGAAAAGCUUUGUCCAACUUUGGAAACCGGCACUUGGAAAAAAAGUAGCAGAAAUAUUAAAGCGUGAAUGCAAGUGAAAGAACGAGAGAAAGCACAAUGCUUUCCAAAUGCAGAAAAUGGGAAAAAAGGGAGAUCCCUGGACUUAAAUGUAUACAUAUUUCAAUGGACAAAGCAAUGUAAAUGCAUGGGAAGAAAGCCUGUGGAAAAGAUAUGUACGUUGAUGACUUCUACAAUGCAUCAAAUUUCCAAUGUCAAACUGUUUAGAGAAAUAGAAUUGACAUGUUAGUCGUGUGGUAAUGUCUUCCAUGGAAGUUAUAUCAAAGUAAACAAAAAGGUGUUAUGUCUUCACCAUCACUAACUACAAAAUCAAGUUUCUUGAAGGUACAGGAAAAAUAUGAACUUCUGUUUAGGAAGUUUUACAUCUGGCCUCACAAAAUAUGUUAUAAAAAGCACUUUAUUUCUUGUCACUUCAGAUUGUGAACAUUUCUUUUUUUAUACAUUGAGAAAAUGGCAGCACUCUUCGGACACCUUAAAGCAGCAGUAUGAUCUUUGUUUGGUAUUUUAUUUGUUUAAAACCUUUAUUUAUGUGUAAAUUCAUAAUUUCAUAAUACCUGUGUUAUAAAAAUAAAUAUAAACUCUGUU